AUGGAAACACGAAACAAAGGAAUAUCCAAAAAAAAUUCUGACAACAGUUCACCCAAAGCCAAGCAAACCGAACAUUCAGCAGAGCGUGACCAGGGUCCGUUAUGUGACAAACUUAAAACCUUAUCGGACCAGGCCGAGUGUAAUUAUAACGAAAUUACAACCUUGCGCUCCGAAAAUGCUCAACUUAAGCGUGAACUUGAUCUCCUGCGGUCGGUUGUGAUUAGAAUGGACAGAAAACUGUCACACAUCGAUGAUGACAUAACUGAUCUUCGCUCGAGAUCGAUGAAAGACAAUAUAUUGAUUCACAACUAUCCUUAUACCCAACAAGAGGACUUGGCCACAGCGAUACCCAAUGAUAUAAAGCAAUCACUGGGUGUCGAUGUUGAGUUUGUCCGCAUCCACAGGAACGGGGUCCGCCCACAGUUCAAUGACAAACCGGUCACAAUAACCGCUAAGUUGAAGGAUCGCAAUAAAAAGGAUGAGAUUCUCAACGCGCAGAGGCUAAAAAAAAUUGCAAAACAGCGUUUACCUUUCUUCAUCAUUCCCCAACAGCCCGCACCCCUUACCUCUGCUAGAAAUAAAAUUUUUGAUAAAGCGGAUUCAUUUCGCAAGCAGAACAUUAACGUUAAAGUUCAAAGAAACGAGAUAAUAAUGCCAAACGGUACGAAAUACGAGGAAGAGGUACCCCUUAUUUCCAGUGCGAAUGCCUUGCAAAUUUCCUCUGAGGAAUAUCAGUCCUUGGACGACGUUGUGGUUGUCUCCACGGAACCGGUGCAGAUAGACGGGUCUGAAUUUAUGGCGGUUGGUGCUAAUAUUCAGUCCUCGGACGAGGCCCUGAAUAUCUACAAAAAAACAUCAAUAGACCCUUAUGCUGCAAGUUGCGACAGCAGAAUCCUCAUAUACAGGUUUCGCGACCAAAGUGGAAAAACUAUCGAAAAUUACCACGACGAUCGGGAGCAUGGGGCAGGACGGAGAAUGCUAAGGUACCUCCAAGACAAUCGGAUCAACGACGUUGCAAUUGUUUUGACCCGAUGGAUGGGGCGCUCGCACAUUGGCCCAGCCCGUUUUUCCAUCAUGGAAAACUUGGUUUGUGACCUUGUUAACAAACUAGAUGAUCCAAGUGACUCCGGAAAAUAACUGAAUUUCCCUCAUUCACACUAAAAACUAUUAAGGACAAUGUCCGAAUUACUUGUGUUUAUAAUUACGUAUUUUGAAAAAAAAACUGUAAAUGUAUUUUCAAACACAUGAAAAGAUCCCAUUAAUUAAUUCAAAUGCCGACUUUUCAUUCUAACUAUGCCUAUAAUUUAAUUCCGGAAAUAUUUAUGUCUACCAUUGUUUACUCUAAUUUUAGUAACGUGUCGGCAUAUCCAAUGUAAACAUUCUACCCCUCAACCAAAUUCACCGUACAUCAGCACGUGCCUUUAACUUUAAACCCAGCAAUCGAGCACUCCUUUUCUUUCCCCCUUCUGUAUGUUUCCUUUCUCAAUCAUGUAUCAACCUCAGACUAGUAUAAUUAUUGGACAAGAGCAUUUUUUGACCGUGUUGUUGUAUUUCAAGUGAAUCGUACAAGGUAAGCAAAGUUUUUCUGUAACAUGUCUUCGGUAAAAAUUAUAUCUGCUAACUGUCAGGGUCUGCACGAAUUUAAGAAAAGAAAAGAUGUCUUUCAAUAUUAUCGACAAACCCAAUGCAAUAUUUUAUGUUUACAAGACACUCAUUUCACUUGUGAUAUGGAAGAUAGUA